CUGUUGAUGGAAAGAAUUACAUACCUUUAAAUAUCUAUUUUUUGUUGGUUAAAGUGUCACAUUAAAUGAUCCACGAGCAGUACUCGUGUAGUUAUUUAUUAGCAGAUACACGUCAGUAAACUGAUCGAUCGAUUCAGAUUCAAAAGAGCCGAUAUCAGUCCCAGCCAGGCUCUGUGUGUGUUUGUCAGAGAAAAGUUAUGUGAAUAAAAUCUGUUGCCCUCUCUGACUUGCUGCUGCUGCUCGUGUAUAAUGCUCGUGUCAGUGUUUAAAUGUUGUAGGAGGAAUGAAUGAAUAAUAACAACUGAAUAUUUUCGUCCUCUCCGCAUUAUUCGUGAUUCAUGAGGUCGGUGUUUAUGUGGCGCGUUUGUCCGUUUGAGUCGCUCCAGUGCGCAUGCGCGAGCUCACCGGGACCCGCUGCAUCUUUAAGAAAACACGCGAACAUUAUUAGUAUGUGUGGUGAUCGUCAUGAGAGGACACGAAACACAGCCGUGAUCCGCUCCGGUUCGGAGGAUGUCCGGCGUCACAGCCGUGAAUAAAGUUCAGGUCAAGCGACAGAUCCGUGGCAUCGUGAAAGAUCUGGAGAACAUCUUAGGAGAUCUGAAGGAUGUAGCGAAGGAACUCAAAGAGGUGGUCCAUGAUAUUGACUGUCUGACAUCAGACCUUCAUCUGGAGGAGGAGACGAGGGACAGCUCAAAGACGGACACGCUCAACAGUAGUUCCAGCAGUAUGACCACCACUUCCAGCAUGGAGAGGAUCAAAGUUUACCCAGAGGAGACGCUCCUCAGACCUUCAUCUGUCUCCUCUGCCAUUCUCACGGUUCUAAAGAGACCCAACCCGCCCCUGCCUCCGCCCCGCACCACCCUGUCCAGAGGCGAGGAUCACGAAGACCCAUCCUCGGGGAUGCGAACGACGGCAAACGGGCCGCUGAUGCGGAACGGCGCUUUCCCAGCCAUCGCAUCCAGCCGAGGCUCCUGUCACGGACCCAGAAACGUGGGGCCGCCGGUGGCUCCGAUGUCGAGGCACGCGAAGAACCGCUGUCCUCAGACCACGAGGGAACGAGUCCGGUUCAGCGAGAAGGUCCAAUAUCACGGCUACUGUCCCGACUGUGACCUGCAGUGCGACGUGGACGAGACGGAUUUGCACUUGCAUACAGAAGUGAUGGAUGUCAAACUGAGUCCGAGUCAUCAUCGGUGUUCGCCACCGGCUCAAAUCCUGGCGGAGAACGGAAACCUCGCUUUCAGCCCGCUAACGGCCCGCGCCUCGCAAAAACCACACAAGACCAUCCUGCGCAAGUCCACCAGCACGACUGUCUGAUGUUUGUUGGAUCUGACUGAACGCUGUUUAGUUCUCUGCAGGUCUCUUUCAUUUGAGGAGCUCCAUCCACUUCACCUGAAGAUGCUCAUGAGUUAGUUUAAGAGGGAGGAUCAGGAGAACCACACAGGAGAACCGCUGCACCUCACAUGGCUGGAGAUGUUGAAUGGUCUUGUGAUGAGCAUCUUCAUCUCAUAACAUGAUGUUCAGAACAUCUAAGGCAGUGGAAUUCUGCUGGAAAAUCACAAAUCUCCACACAGAGAAACACAACAACGUUUCAUCUUAUAUGUGACUUAUUUGAGUUCUUCUAAGAUCAACAUUUAAAAAGGAUUUAGUAACAUGAAGUCUGUGGGGUUAAAAGAGCUCUUAUAAUGUUGCUGCUAUCAACUCAAACUGAACUUUACACAUACUGAUUUACAUCAAAACAUCCAUGAGAUGUAUACAGUGUGAGAUGAUGUAUACAGUGUGACGUACAGUGUGAGAUGAUGUUUACAGUGUGACAUGCAGUAUGAGAUGAUGUAUACAGAUGUGAGAUACAGCGUGAAAUGGUGUAAACAGUGUGAAAUGAUGUAUACAGUGCUAUAUACAGUGUGAGAUGAUGUUUACAGUGUGAGAUACAGUAUACAGAUGUGAGAUACAGUGUGAAAUGAUGUAUACAGUGUGACACUUUGAGUGCGCCAUGCAGUGUGAGAUGACGUAUGCAGUGCGACAUUCAGUGUGAGAUGAUGUAUGCGGUGUGAGAUGCAGUGUGAGAUGACGUAUGCAGUGUGACAUUCAGUGUAAGAUGACGUAUGCGGUGUGAGAUGACGUAUGCAGUGUGACAUUCAGUGUAAGAUGACGUAUGCGGUGUGCGAUGACGUAUGCAGUGUGACAUUCAGUGUAAGAUGACGUAUGCGGUGUGAGAUGACGUAUGCGGUGUGAGAUGCAGUGUAAGAUGACGUAUGCGGUGUGAGAUGACGUAUGCAGUGUGACAUUCAGUGUAAGAUGACGUAUGCGGUGUGCGAUGACGUAUGCAGUGUGACAUUCAGUGUAAGAUGACGUAUGCGGUGUGAGAUGACGUAUGCGGUGUGAGAUGCAGUGUAAGAUGACGUAUGCGGUGUGAGAUGACGUAUGCAGUGUGACAUUCAGUGUAAGAUGACGUAUGCGGUGUGCGAUGACGUAUG